AUGGAGGAAUUGACUCGAAUGUAUAUCAAAGAGAUUGUCAGGUUACAUGGCGUGCCUUCUACCAUUAUAUCUGACAGGGAUCCCCGCUUUACAUCAAGGUUCUGGGGAGCUUUUCAGCGUGCAUUUGGGACUCAGUUAAGCUUGAGUACUACGUAUCACCCUCAGACAAAUGUUCAGUCAGAGAGAACUAUUCAGACCUUGGAAGAUAUGCGAAAGGCUUAUAGUCGUCAGAAGAGCUAUGCUGAUCAAAGGCAGAAGCAUUUGAAGUUUGAAGAAGGAGAACAUGUCUUUCUGAAGGUAACACCAACCACUGGAGUGGGAAGAGCUAUUAAGACUAAGAAACUAAAUCCCCAUUAUAUUGGACCAUUUGAGAUCCUGAAGAGAAUUGGACAAGUGGCUUAUAAAAUUGCUUUACUGCCGUAUCUUUCGAAUUUGCACGAUAUGUUUUAUGUGUCACAGUUUCAGAAAUAUACUCCUGACGCAAGUCAUGUUCUGGAACCGGAGCCAAUCCAAGUAAGAGAAGAUCUAACACUUCCAAUAAUUCCGGUGAGAAUUGAUGACACAAGUGUUAAACGGUUACGCGAGAGGGAAGUAUCAUUGGUAAAAAUAGCUUGGAGUUGA